GCGGUCGAGCUGGUGAUGUAAAGUGUAGCUGUGGAGCAGGCCGACACUGCCCAACUCCGAGCGUCUCGUCUCGCCUACGAGUCUGACAUGUGACAACUACCGUCGCCCGACACAACGCUUCAACUGUUACGCCAUCGACAAGACUGCUGCUGAGGACACCCAUCGCCUAACGUGCGAGGUCUAUUGAAUGCGCGCGGUGGCGCACUCCCGCCCAGACAGAAGAGGAUCACCCAAUGACGUGGCUUCUGGCAGCCUUUGAACAGUGCCGGCAGAUGGAGCGCGCGACGCUGCUGGCUGUGCUGCUGCUGGCCUGUGCGGCUGCGCCAUGCGCUGCCAACCAGCCACCAGUACUGACGAGGGAUAUGGAUGGGCUGGUGGUGUCAGAGGGUGUACCAUUGGGAGAAGAAGUGUACCAGUUGCAGGGCAGUGACCCCGAGGGAUCACCACUUCGCUAUGGCCUCUCUGGCACUGACCGCCUCGCUGUCAACCCCAUCACAGGCUCCGUCCGUGUCGCUAAGCCUCUUGAUCGUGAGGUAAAUGACACCCUGAAGCUGUUUGUGACACUGGAAGAUGAAGUGGAAGAUGGAAAUAACAACAUAGUUACAGUGCCAGUCACCAUCAUCAUUGUUGAUGAGAAUGACAAUCCGCCAGUUUUCAAAGGUGAGCCCUAUGAAGUGGUUGUUCCAGAAGACACACCUGUGGGAAACACUGUCUUCAGUGGAAUUCAAGUUGAAGAUCCUGAUGUGAUCGGUGAAGUGCUAGAAGUGACGUGCCACAAUCUUCCACAGUUUCCAGAUUCCUGUACCAAGUUCAGAGUUCUGCCAUUGAAUGCAAGUGAGAGAAGUUUCAGUGGAGCCAUCGUCCUCCAGCAGGCACUGGAUUAUUCAGAGCAGCAAAUCUACCAAAUACUGCUAGUUGCUAAGGAUGGUCAUUUCAAGAGCAGUACAGGAAUGGAACUGAGAGUUGGUGAUGUCCAGAACACUCCACCAGUGUUUCUUGGCUCUCUCACAGGUGUGGUAAAAGAAGAUGCUCCCAUUGGAACUCUUGUAAUGACAGUCCAAGCUCGAGAUGGUGAUCGAGGACAGCCUAGGAAGGUUGUUUAUGAAUUAGUGACAAAUCCAUUAAACUACUUCCUGCUGGAUCCUGAAACAGGAGAGCUACGCACAGCAAAACCAUUGGACAAAGAAGCUCUAGAGGAUUCCACUGGUGUUUUGACACUUACUGUGAAAGCUCGAGAAGUUGUAAAGGAUAUAAGUGAAAAUGAUCCACUAACAGUAACCACCGCAAAAGUUACAGUCACUAUAAAGGAUGUUAAUGAUGAGGCUCCAAGGUUUAAUAGCCGUGAAUACAGCAUUACAAUCCCUGAGAAUGUGCCAGAAGGAACACCACUGCCGCACUUGGAUAUGAAUGUGGAAGACCCUGACGUGGGCAACAAUUCUGUGUUCAGUUUGCGACUGGAAGAUGUCUCUGGAGCGUUUGAUGUUGAGCCAAAAUCAGCAACUGGAUCCACUCCUGUAAGCAUCCGAGUUUCCAAUGGCUCACUGGAUUACGAAAAUCCAAAUCAGAGGAAAUUUAUACUGCUGGUGAUAGCUGAGGAGCAGCUUACUAACCCCAGACUCUCUUCGACUGCGACUGUCACUGUAACUAUCACAGAUGCUAAUGACAAUGACCCAACAUUCGAUCGUGAAUCUUAUACUGCAUCUGUGUCUGAGAUGAGUUCACCGGGCACUGUGGUCACAACUAUUACAGCAAAGGACAGAGAUAGUGGGCAGUUUGGUGAAAAUGGCAUUAUUUAUCAGCUGGAUGGUACAGGGGCAGACAAAUUUAUGGUUAAUAACCGAACAGGAGUGAUAACAGUAGCAGAUUGUGCAACUCCUGGUAAGGACCCAUGUCUAGAUUAUGAAUCAAGGCAUGAGUACUUGCUGACGUACAAGGCAACAGAUGACAAUGGAGAGGGCCAUACCACAGCUGUUCCAGUCAGAAUCCUACUCAUUGACAGCAAUGACAAUGCACCACAGUUUACAAAUAAUAAUUAUCUUGUUGCCAUUGAUGAAGGCGCCAGUAAUUUUGAACCACCACUGCAAGUUCAGGCAAGAGACACUGAUGUAACUUCUGAGAUAACAUACUCAAUAGUAGAAGGAAAUGUUAAGAACCUGUUUGAAAUUAAUCCUCAUACAGGAGAAAUUACAGUUCGUGCAGCUAGUGGCCUUGACAUGACCAAUGUUACAAGUGAUGUAAUUACAUUAACAGUACAGGCUAGUGACGGAGUAUUUGCAAAUACAGCGACAGUGCGUAUUACAGUUCGUGAUGUAAACAACAAUAGCCCAGUGUUUGAGAGGGAGAGUUAUGUUGCUUCAAUACAGGAAGAUUCCCCCAUAGGAACAAGCAUUGAGACCACACAUGCAAGUGAUGCAGACUCAGGUGUUAAUGCACAGAUAAAGUAUCGUGUGCAGAAAGGAGCAUUUGAUGAUUUUGAAAUUGAAGAGGACAGUGGACUGGUGAAAGUAACAAAGAAGUUAGAUUAUGAUAGAAGAAGCCUAUACAACAUUGAAAUAAUAGCAAUAGAUGGAGGUACACCUGCACUUACAGGAACCACAACUCUGACCAUCAGUAUCAUAAAUAGCAAUGAUAGAGAUCCAUUUUUUGAACCUUCAACACAAAGGGCAGAGAUCUCAGAAGAUGCAGUUCCUGGUACUAUAUUUUACACCUUACAAGCUCGGGAUCCAGACGUCAAUAGCUCGGAUGCACUCAAUUUUGAAGUUUCAGAGCCAAUUACAGCUGUCGAUUGGAAUGGGAAACAAGUGGAGCAGAAUAAUGCUUUCAAGUCCUUCUUUGCCGUUGACCGAGAAACAGGUGAAGUGUCGGUUGCCAAAACACUUAUGCGAGAUAUUGCAUCUGUGGUUAGACUAACUGUUGUUGUCACUGAUGUAACAGCUCCAUCACUCCAGCAAGGCAAAGGUAUAUUGGUUAUUACCAUCAUUGAUGUGAAUGACUAUCCUCCAACAUUUGCUAAACCAUGGACUGUUCAAGAUCCUCAUUACACUGUUGACAUACUGGAAGAACAGCCUCCUGGAACUAUAAUUGAUACUUAUACCGCAACUGAUGUAGAUUCAAAGAUUGCUGCAUAUGCAAUCGAACCAGAAAAUGAAUACUUUACAAUUGACAAUACGACUGGAACUGUGCGAACUAAAAAGAGGAUUGAUUAUGAAAAAGUAAAGCAACUGAAUUUUACCGUAGUUGCUUAUGAUUCAGGAAUACCACAAAUGUCAUCAACAGCAGAUGUAGUGGUGAAUGUCAUCAAUGUUAAUGACAUGGAUCCCGUGUUCUCAAAGACUUCAUACGAGGCAGAGGUGCUGGAGAAUUCGCCUACUGGUACUCAUGUCAUCACAGUCACAGCAAAAGAUGGUGAUGAAGGUGUAUUUGGAAGAGUGACAUACAGUCUGGCUGGUGAACACAGUGCUGAUUUCAAAGUGGGUCAGGAGACUGGUGAGAUCACAGUGGCAAACCCUCAGUUGCUGGAUCGUGAGACACUGCCCAGGGUUACAGUGCAGGUUAUAGCCAGCGACAGUGCCCCACCAGAUCAGAGGAGAACUGUUGCAGUUCCAGUCUACAUUAAACUACUUGAUGAAAAUGAUAAUCCACCAGUAUUCAGUCAGAGAAAUUACCCAGCACUGAUAGUGGAUAACCUACCACUCCAGCCACCACCACCAAUUGUGAAGUGCCAUGCAGAGGACCCUGAUGAGGGAGUUAAUGGAGCAGUUCGAUACAAAAUAAUUUCUGGAAAUGAGGGUGAUGUUUUCCACCUAGAUCCAGUAUCUGGAAUAUUAUAUGCUACAACAUCACUUGUCGGAAAACCAAGGAAGUUCCACAUAGUGGUAGAGGCAAGAGAUGGCGAUGGUCUCGGAAAACAUGCGGAUAAUGCCACUGUGGAAAUAAAAAUACUUUCUGUGAAUCAGAAUAAACCAGAAUUUAUAAUGCCUGCUCUUGCCAAUGCCACAGUUGAGGUUCCUGAGAAUGCUGGCAUCGCAAAUUAUUUGGUCAUGACAGUGAAAGCUGUUGAUAAAGAUUCUGGAGAAAAUGGCCGAAUUAGCUACCAUCUCAGGGUUGGAAAUAACAUAACACAGGAAACUAAUGAGUUCUCUAUCAAUGCUGACACCGGUGAACUAAGAACUAAAAUAAUUUUGGACAGAGAAGUUCAAGCUAAGUAUGAAUUAGUUCUUGUUGCUAAGGACCAUGGUUCACCAGUUCCUUAUGAAACAAUGCAUUUCUUAACAGUACUUCUAGUAGAUACAGAUGACAACAAGCCAGAGUUUCCACUGGAUGAUACAGUGAAUCCAUACAAGUUCCGUGUAGUAGAAAACACACCGGCUCCACAACUUAUUGGCAGGGUAGAAGCUAUUGACAGAGAUGAAGGGCAACAUGCACGCAUAUAUUAUUACAUUAUUUCUGGGAAUGAAGAAGGAGAUUUCUAUAUUGAUAAGACCGAUGGUAGUCUCUAUGCCAAUAAAUCAUUUGACCGUGAAAAAGAAGAGUUAUACAUAUUGCACAUCAAAGCUACAAAUGAUCCUGAUUAUUAUACUACCCAGGAAGAGAAAGCAAAACUAACCUUUGAGAGAGACACCAGUAUAGCACAAAUACAAAUAACUGUACUGGAUGUAAAUGACAAUGCCCCACAUUUCUUGCACAGUGAUUAUUAUGCAGGCAUAAAUGCAAUGGCAAACGUCAAUGAAUUUGUGUCAAAGCUGUCUGCAACAGAUCCCGAUUUGGGAGAUAAUGGCACUGUUCUUUAUUACAUUGCUGCAUCAAAUCUAUACAAAUAUGGAGCAAAUAAAUCAUCAGGUUCUAUUAUACCUUCACCAUUCAACAUAAGCGAGGAAGGAAAACUAGUCACUGCAAAUUACAUGGCUGAAUAUAAUCAGGACAGAUUUGUGCUUAAUAUUGUUGCUAGAGAAAAGGCUCCACCAGAAAGAGAAGCAACAGCAAAGGUCCAUAUUUGGAUCUUUGAGCCUGAUCAGCUUAUACGUGUGAUACUUUCUCGACCACCAGAAGCUGUUAAUGAAGACCGGGAUGAAAUAGUUGCAGAGUUGUCUAAUAUCACCAAAAGCUUGGUUGUUGUAGAUGAUAUCAGAUAUCAUGUAGACUCCAAUGGACAUAUACAUCAUGAUUGGUGUGACAUGUAUAUGCAUGUUGUUGAUGAGAGUACUCAAACAAUUGCACCAAUAGCUGAGGUUUUAAAAGUGAUUGAUGCAAAAUAUGAUUAUUUGAAGAGCUACUAUGCAGGAAUUUCAAUUCAGAAUGUUGUGCCAGCAUUUGUUGGAGUGCAGGAGGAAGCAUUUGAUCCAGCACUUGCUGCACUCAUUGCCCUUAUAAUUGUUCUUUUUGUGGGCUCAAUAACAUUUGUUGUUGUUUGCUGCUGCCUGAGACAUUGGGUCAUUACUGUACCAACAGAUCUGAAGAAGAAAGAAGCAUUGAUUAAGAAAGAAAUUCUGGAUGAGCUUAACACAACAGAAAAUCCGCUGUGGAUAGAACAGAAACUGAAAUUAUAUGAAGAGCAGGAAUUGACAAUGCAAGUGUUCAGUGAGCCAGAUAUGAUGGCCUCACAACAACCUGGAGGUGAUGGUGGAAACACAGGGCAGUUCACACAGGCUGACAACACCUAUGCAACAAUCCGGCAGCCAGCUCGGCAGGGCUCCCCGAAUGCAUCACAGCCAUUACCCAGUCAUCAAGCCUCAACUGGGGAACUGGCUGACUAUGCCACUUUGUCUGGUGGUGGCAUAGAAGCUGCACGUGGUGGGAAUAGUGCCCACGGGUCUUUGAGAGGAAUGCCACAGCAGAUGUUUGAAGCUAGCCUUGGAUUUCAAGGUUCAACUUUUCAAGUCCCUGAGCAACAUCAGAAUUCAAAUAGUAAUUCUGAUGGCUUCAGAUCACGAACAGCAUUGACUAUAAAUAAGGAUGGACAACCUGAAUUUGUUGCAGAACUCAUAUAAGUCUGAGAAGACCUCUCCAGUGAAGCAUGAAUAUGGUACU